AUGGUACCCUGCAUAAAUGUUCCUGUGGCUAUUCCGAAAGAUGGCUCACCAACAAAGGCUAUGAUUAAAGAUAUUGUGGGCACGUUUUUCAUCAACGAGUGGCCACAUGUGGAUCCAGAAACGCUCAUUGUGAAAUACAAUACUGGAUACGCAAACACGAACUGUAUAGUGGAACGGCCAAAGCCAAAGGAUAACACACAUUCAGAACCUCUCAAGGUGUUCUUCAAGGUCCACGGCGAACUGGACGGAGAAAUUGAGGUGUUCAAGCACUUGGUUCCCAAUAAACCCGAAGAGGCCCAACUAUGCUAUGACUACGGUCAAUCAGGUCUUGGUGCCAAGGUCUAUGGUUUCUUUCAGACACAGGAUGGCGCUUUCGGAAGGAUCGACGAGUUCUUGGAUGCACGCAAUUUGGAGCCAGAAGAUGUGGAGGACGCAAAUAUCCGAGCCGAUGUUGCAAGAGGACAUGCCGUUUUUCACGCCAUGGCCACACAACGGAAGAAGAACCCGGUUCAGCCAUAUUACGAUGCAGUCACCAGCGAGCUUGCAAGAUAUCAUAAGAUGGAGAAGCUAAAAAGGCUAGCCAACGAAGGAGGCGUCAGUAUGGACGAUCUGGUUGAUUAUGACUUUGUGUCCAGGUUAAGACGAGUCACAGACAGGCUGGAAUCCAUUGGGGGAAAAAAGGGAUGGUGCAUCCACGAUGUUCAACUCAUGAAUGUGAUGGUGAAGAACAGCCCCAAGCAAGGAGAAAGCAAAAUUGUCCUCAUAGAUUUUGAGUUCGUCUUUCAGAAUUACCGAGGGUUCGACAUUGGUGGGCACUUUCUGCAAAAGAUGUUCAAGUGGUUUGAUGAGGAGAACAAAAUUGCCACCUGCCGACCUUACACAGAAGAGGAGAAGAGACAUUUUUGCGAGGAAUAUGCAAAGCAGUGGAACGAAACGACUGGUGACUCGGAUACAGGGGAGCAAGUUUUUAUGGAAUCGGAGCUGGGGGUCAUGCUGGCUAUCACGUUCGAAAUCCAUAACAUGCUUAAUUUUAUGGAUCAGGAUGAUGAUAAGGACCCGUUGAACAUCUUGGGUCUUAACAAGCUGUUUGAAGAGUUUGUCAGUCAGUAUAAAAAGCUUGGUCUAGGGAGCUAG